AUGCGGCUUGCUUCAGUGUGGCUGCUGGCUGCGGCGGCUGCGAUGCGCUUGGUCGUUGCACUUCCUGCCGCCACCUCUUGCUCCCAGCCCACGGUCCACCUCCCUCAGGGCACCGUCAAGGGUAUGGUCGACGACGCCUACCAACUCGACCAGUUCCUGGGCAUUCCGUACGCCAAGCCGCCCGUGGGCGAUCUGCGCUUCGCACGUCCCCAGCCCGUCGACGCCUCGGACGCCGUGAUCGACGCGACGCAAUUCGGCGACAUCUGCAUGCAGCCGCCGGCGGGAUUCAACAUGAGCGAGGACUGCCUCAACCUCAACGUCAUCCGUCCCAAGGGCGUGGUGGCGGGCGCCAAGUUGCCUGUGCUCGUGUGGAUCUACGGCGGCGCGUUCUUCGCCGGAAGCACGCCCGCGUACAAUGCGAGCGAGCUCGUGGCGCGCAGUGCGGCCAUGGGCAAGCCGAUCGUGUUCGUCGCCAUCAGCUACCGCGUCGGACCGUUCGGCUUCCUCGGUGGCAAAGAGGUGGUUGCGGAUGGGACGCCGAAUGCCGGGUUGUACGAUCAGAGGCUCGCGCUCAAGUGGGUGCAGCACAACAUUGCGCGCUUCGGAGGCGAUGCAGGCAGAGUGACGAUCUUUGGACAGUCGGCGGGCGCGAUGAGUGUAGCGCUGCAGACGUUCGCGUACGACGGAAACACCCACGGCCUGUUUCAUGCUGCCAUUAUGGACUCGGGUGGUAUCGCACCGGGUCCGCUGCUCACCCCGGAACAUCCGACCGUACAGAGCACGUUUGAACAGCUCGCUGCGGGUGUCGGAUGCACACAGGCGCCGCUGCUCAAGUGUCUGAGGAGCGCAAAUGCCACGCAGGUCCAGAGCACCGGCAUGCAGUUGACCGCCAAGGCGGGCGGGACAUUCCCCGUCCCCGGCGCACUUGCGUUUCUGCCGCUCGUCGACUACACGCUCAUCACCGACUAUCCGAGCGUCAACCUGGCGCAGGGAAAGCUCGCCGACAUCCCCGUGAUCUCGGGCAAUGCGCUGGAUGAGGGUACGCUCUUCGCGCAGAAGGCGCUCAACUCGAGCGCCGACUUUGAGACGUGGGUGCGCAGCGCUGCCGUCAUCUACAACACAACCUACACCGAGCGCGCGCUGCAGCGCGUAUUCGAGCUCUACCCGGACGACCCCGUUCAGGGGUCACCGUACCCCAACGAGGGCACGAGCACCUCGGCGGCUACGCUGGAUGUGGGGUCGAGGAUGUACCCGCCGCUGGAGUCGAAUCAGUACAAGCGCAGUGCGGCGUUCUUUGGCGACUUUACCUUCAACGCGCAUCGACGCACCUACCUGCACGCUGCGGUGGGCGGGGCCAGGAAGAACAGCCGCAACGUGUGGUCGUUCGAGUUCAGGCAGAACGAUAUGUACCCCAACGGAACGGGUUCGGCUCUGGGCGCGUUCCACGGCUCGGAACUCAAGUACCUCUUCAUCCGACCCGAUGGGAGGCAAAAGGAUCCGCAGCUCGCCGAGCAGAUGCCCAGGUCGUACGUUAGCUUUACGUACUAUCACGAUCCGAGCAGGCUGUCGAGUCUGCCCUGGACCAGGUAUACGACGGGCGAGGUGCUGCAGCUCAAGGGCGGCAAUGUCACCACUGUGCCCGAUACGUUUAGGAAGGACGCUAUGCAUGCGCUCACCAACCCGCGCUCAGCCGCCGUGUUUGGAUUCUAG